UCGGAGGUCGAAGAAAAGCUGUUUAGAGAACGUACCGGUCAUAGGUCGAACGCUUUGUUGGCGUAUGAAAAGGAGAGUUCUGAGCAAAAUCGUAAAGUUACUAAGAUCUUAGGCCCUCCUGAAGUGAUUGUCCAUGACGUAAUUGAGCUAGAGGACGACAUUCCUCAAUUAAAUUCAUUGAGAAACAGCGAUUCAGACCUGUUUGAUUUUGACGUUCCUGAUGAAAUUGUUGAAAUAUUAGCUACUAUGGGUUUGCCUGGGAAUAACGAAAUUACAGAAACUUCAACUAGUUCUGCAACGGGUUCUGGUGCAACGUUGUCAGGCGGUGUAUUUAAUAACUGUUCAGUUUACUUUGGAAAAAUGUAG